CUGGACCUGCCCUCGUACUCGUUUUUUAUUGAGCAUCCGUCCGGCUGUAAAUUGCUCUUUGAUCUUGGUCUGCGCAAGGACUGGGGCCACCUGCCCCCAGCCACGCUUGGGUUCCUUGAACAAGCAGGAUGGCAGGUGGAGGCCGCGAAGAACGUCAGCGAGGUGUUGCAGGAAGGAGGUGUAUCUUUAUCCGAUAUCAAGGCCGUCAUUUGGAGCCAUCAUCACUUUGACCAUGUUGGUGACAUGACUGCCUUUCCGCCCAGUACGAAGCUCGUUGUCGGCCCAGGGUUCAAGACGCAUCACGCACACGCCUUUCCCACCAACCCGGAGCCGCCGCUUUGGGAGACAGCAUGGGAAGGCCGGGAGCUACAGGAGAUCUCCUUUGAUGAUUCACCUUUAGAUGUAGGACCGUUCAAAGCCCUUGACUAUUUUGGCGAUGGCAGCUUCUACUUGUUGGAUUCGCCGGGACACACAGUCGGUCACCUUGCGGCCCUUGCUCGCGUCACUGUUGAUGGACUGCCCUCUUCCAGCAGCUUCGUUUUAAUGGGCGGAGAUACAUGCCACUUCAUCGGACAGUUCCGGCCCAGCGUAUAUCGACCGCUCUCAGCGGAACGGGUGCCAGAGUGUCUUCAACAGCCCCCCUGCCCUGGAGCAAUCAUGGAGAGGCUGAUGCUACAUCCAUACCAGCCGCUAUUCCGAAUGCCGGAGGUAAACGCGGUGGACAUAUGUCAGGUUCAUGAGUCUAUUGAGAAGCUUCAAGUCCUUGAUUCAGCCGAUAAUGUGUGGGUGAUUGUCGCGCAUGAUCAGGCCUUGCUCGAUCAGAUCGAGUUUUAUCCAGCCACAAUAAAUGACUGGCAGAAGAAGAAAUAUGCAGAGAAAACGCGCUGGAGAUUU